GGGCUCCGCGCGGCUGAGGCCCUGCCGGGUCGGGUGGGCUCGUGUCCGCGGACGGGAGCGGGGAGUCCUCCCCUCCCCCAGCGCCGUGCGCCCGCCGCGUCCCGGCCCGCAGGGCGGGCUCUCGGUCGGGACUCGGGAGGCGCGGCGCGGCCGGGGCGGGGCUGCGGGCGGCGGGAGGGCUGCGCCCCCCGAGCGUUCGCGGGGAGCGCGGGGCGCCUGGGAGCAGCGCGCGCAGCUCUCCGGGGAACGAAAGGGUGGUCUGGGGACGUUGUGUCCGGGGCUCGUGCUGACCCCUGUGUAGGGGGCUUUCGGAAGACCCCGUUUCCUUCGUCUGGGCUUUCGCAUCACCCUCACGACAAGCCUCCUUGUCGGUGUAAACGUGCCGUUGUGCACAGUGGAAGGCAGCUCCUGGCGGCGGCAUGGUAGACCCCAGGGCACCAGCCGGCGGGUGGGAGAGGUAGGGUGCCAAUACGAAUAGGUUUCACUCCCUGCGUCUGGCUCUGCCUCGUCUCCUCCGUGCCCCAAACCCGACGCGGCAGCCCUCGGAGCCCUUAGUAGAGUGUCCUCUCCCCCACAUUCCCGGAGGGGUGAUUGUGGAGUGCACGCGGACAGAAUCUCAGCGCGCGGGAAAUGUGUGCUGGGAUUUGUGGCUUCUCUCCAGAGCCCCUGGGUCAGACGGCGGCUCUUGACCCUGCCUCGCCGUCCAGGCCGUCUCCGUCCUCAAAGACACCGUCUGGUACCUAAUGGAGUGCUGGCCAAGAGAAAGGCAGGAAAGGGAGUCUCAGGAACACUGCCACUUGGAAGAACAGCCUUUCUGACAGACCCCUCACCGGAGCUUCAGAGCAGAGGCGGAAGGUUCCAGACGGGAGCAGGUCCAGAUUUGUUCCACCAGAAGCAGUUCUUGAUCCCUGUAUAGCAUGAAUCAGACUGGAUGAUGUCACCACGUCCAGAAGCCAUCACAGACUGUGUGACAGUGGACACUGUGGACCAGCUUGCAGAAGGUGGUAACCGGGCGUUGAGAGGGGUGGGUGACUGUCAGGCUGCCCAGGAAAAGGCAGCUCACUGGAUGGCUGGUGAGGACAUGGUGUCCGGGGAAGGUGUACCCAGCCAGUGCUGACAAAAUCCUCAACAGCACCCUGUUUCCUUCACUCUGCCCUCACUCUUCAGAUUCCGAGCUGCCCUCACACCAUGUUCAUCAGCACGUGUGGCGUCUAGAGUUAUGCCGAUGCUGCCUCUUUCCUGAACGUAGAGAAUAACGAAAUGAUAGUAGAAGAAGGGUUUUCUACACUGGGCGCCUUUGGAAGCCCAAAACUAUCAGGCCUGAAAUGAAUGGUUUUUGUAGAGUCAGCCAGGACAGAACCAAGAACUAAGCGUGGUGCUGCUGACUUACACGCGUCUGAACCUUCACAGUUCUUUACAUGCUUCCAGGAGUAGCAGAAAAUGAACAUAGCUCAGGGAUCAGUGUCAUUUGAAGACGUGGCUGUGGAGCUCACCCAGGAGGAGUGGCGGCAGAUGGACUCUGCGCAGAGGGCCCUGUACAGGGAUGUGAUGCUGGAGAACUACAGCCACCUCGUCUCCGUGGGGUACUGCAUUACUAAACCCAAGGUGAUUUUCAAGUUGGAGCAAGGAGAAGAGCCCUGGUCCUUAGAGGAAGAAUGCCUAAACCAGAGGUACCCAGGAUUUUACCAAGUCGAUGUCCACGUUGAGGGGAACCAGGAAAAACAAGAGAAACCUCUGUGGCAAGUACUAUUCAUGGAUAACAAAACAUUGAGUACAGAAGUACAGAAAGUUUUAGAAAAACCAUUUAAUCUGGAUUCAACUGCAGAUUUUUCGGGAACAAUGCCCUAUAAAUGUGACUCUGGUAGAAUGAAUUUGCCGGUUGUUUCUGAAUUAAUUAUUAAUGAUAGAAACUAUUCAAGAAAGAAAGCUGAUUACCUGAAUGUAUGUGAAAAGUUGCAGGUUGAUGUUAAGCAGGAGAAAACUCAUAGUGGAGAGAAGUCUUAUGAAUGUAAUAAAAAUGUGAAAGCUCUCAGUUAUGAGAAAGAUCAUCAGAAAUUUCAAACUCUGGAGCAAUCUUUUGAAUGUAAUGAAUUUGGGAAAGUUUUGCAUGAUAAGACUGUCGGUGUUACAGCUAAGAGUUCUCUAACAGGAGAGGAAUCCUGUAAGAAUUUUGAAUUUAGGAAAAACUUUGAUAAAGCAACUCUAUUUAACCACAUGAGAAAUGGCACAAGGGAAAAGUGCUUUAGUCUUAAUGAAGAUGGGAAACCCUGUGACAAAACCACCAUUGUGGAAUACAAUAAAGUUCGCAUGGCUAUGACACGCUAUGAAUGUCAUGAAAGUGGGAAUAACUUCAACAGGAAUUCACCCCUCACUCAACCUCAGAGAACUGUUAUAGGACAGGUUGCUUUUGAAAGCGGUAAAUCUGAAGAAAACUUGAGCCAGAGCUCAGCCCAUGUAGUACAUCAGAAGACACAAACUGGAGAUAAAUUCUGUGUUUAUAAUGAAUGUACAAAUGCCUUCUGUCAGAAAUUAGACCUUACAGUACAUCAGAGAACUCACACAGAAGAGAAAUUCUACCAGUGUGGUAAAUAUGGGAAAUCCUUCCAUCAAAACUCAGCCCUCCAUGUACUUCAGCAAAGUGACACAGGAGAGAAGUCAUUUGAAUAUAGUGAACGUAGGAAAUUCUUUUACCAGAAAGCACACCUCAUUCAGCAUCAAAAGAUCCAGUCAGGGGAGAAACGUUAUGAAUGUGAGGAAUGUGGGGAAUCCUUUUCUCCCAAUUCACAUUCUAUUCAUUAUCCUGGAACUCAUAUGGGGGUCAAUGUCUGUGAAUGUAGUGAAUGUGGGAAAACUUUCUGUCAGAAAUCAAACCUCAGUGAAUAUCUGUCAGCUGAUACAAAAGAGAAACCUAGUGAUAACAACGGACGUGGGAAAUCUUACAAGAAGUCUUCCCUCACCGUACACCAGAGAACACACAGAGAUAGGAAACCCUUUCAAGGUAAUGAAUAUGGGAAAACAUUCUCCAAGAUGGCACAUCUCACAGAAUAUCAGAGAAUUCACACAGGGGAGAAGCUGUAUGAAUGUAUCGAAUGUGGGAAAACUUUCUCCAAGACAUCGCAUCUGAGAGCACAUCAGAGAAUUCACACAGGCAAAACAGCCUAUGAAUGUAUUGAGUGUAGGAAAACUUUCUCUCACAAGACUCACCUCCUUGCACAUCAGAGAAUUCAUACAGGGGAGAAACCUUGUGAAUGUAAUGAAUGUGGGAAAACUUUUGCUGAUAAUUCAACCCUCAGAGCACAUCAGAGAACUCACACAGGGGAGAAACCCUACGAGUGUAAUGAUUGUGGGAAGUCUUUUGCCCAUAUAUCUGUUCUCAGAGGACAUCAGAGAAUUCACACAGGGGAGAAACCUUACGAAUGUUAUGACUGUGGGAGAUCUUUUGCCCAUCAUUCAGCUCUCAGAGCACAUCAGAGAGUUCACACAGGUGAGAAACCCUAUGAAUGUAAUGACUGUGAGAAAACUUUUGCCCAUAAUUCAGCUCUCAGAGUACAUCAGAGAGUUCACACAGGGGAGAAACCAUAUGAAUGUAAUCUGUGUGAGAAAACUUUUUCCCAGAAGACGCACCUCAGUACACAUCAGAGGAUUCACACAGGGGAGAAGCCCUAUGAGUGUAUUGAAUGUGGGAAAACCUUCUCCCAGAAAUCAUACCUUAGUGGUCAUGAGAGAAUUCACAGAGGGGAAAAACCUUAUGAAUGUAAUGAAUGUGGGAAAACUUUCUCCCAAAGGACACACCUCAGUGCACAUCAGCGAACUCACACAGGGGAGAAACCGUAUGAAUGUAAUGAAUGUGGGAAAACUUUCUCCCAAAGGACACACCUCAGUGCACAUCAGCGUACUCACACAGGGGAGAAACCGUAUGAAUGUAAUGAAUGUGGGAAAACUUUUGCCGAUAAGUCGUCCCUCAGGGCACAUCAGAGAAUUCACACAGGAGAGAAACCCUAUGAAUGUAACGAAUGUGGGAAAACUUUCCCCAAGACCUCACACCUCAGAGUGCAUCUGAGGACUCACGCAGGGGAGAAACCUUAUGAAUGUAACGAAUGUGGGAAAACUUUCUCCCGCAAGUCGUAUGUUAGUGCACAUCAGAGAAUUCACACAGGGGAGAAACCGUAUGAGUGUAAUGUAUGUGGGAAACCUUUUGCCCAUACUUCAACCCUCAGAGUACAUCAGAGGAUUCAUACAGGUGUAAAAUCCUAUGAAUGUAGUGAAUGUGGGAAAACUUUCUCCCGGAAGUCACACCUCAGAGCACAUCAGAGAAUUCACUCAGGGGAGAAACCUUAUGAGUGUAACGAUUGUGGGAAAUCUUUUGCCGAUAAUUCCACCCUCAGAGCACAUCGGAGAACUCACACAGGGGAAAAGCCCUAUGAAUGUAAUGACUGUGGGAAAACUUUUGGCCGUAAGACAACUCUUAGAGUACAUCACACCAGAAUGCACACCAGAGAAAAAACUUUUGCAUGUAAUGAAUUUGGGAAGUCCUAAAGGAACUCAUAUGUUAUUAGGUAACACAAGGGAGAAGCUCAUGUCACGUAGACUGGCAGAUUAUUUCCCUUAACUAUUUCCUUUUCCACUAGGCACAUACCUUGCCUAAGUUUCCCAGUCUGUCCUUCAUCCAGGUGUGGCUGGUCAUGGAAUAUGAGACUACUACAUUUAAGCUAAGUCUGGACUUAAAAAGUCCCCUUAGAUUCUUCCUGUCCUGUGUUAUACUGGAAUGGAGAGACUUCCAUGCAGACUUGGCUGCUGUGUGUUGAAGAUGGUAGAGCACAAGGUGAAAGAGACUAGAAUCUGAAUAACUGGGUGAAACAGAAUUCUCCACUAACAUCUUCACCAGUUGGCUUUUUGUUUUUUUAGGCAAGGAUUAAGUUUGGCUCUGUUGAGCUCUUACAGAUUUUGGUCUAUUGAUUAAAUGCAAUAGCUUAGCCAAUUCUCUGUUAGAGUAGGAUGAAACACUGAAUAUAAUGAAUGUCAGAAGACCACCAAGAAUUCAACCUGUCAUUGUACAUCAGAGACUCCACAUGAGGAGGAAGAAAACUUCUGUCAAUAUGUUGAAUGAUCAGCCUUCAUCAAAAAUCAGAGAAAUCUCAGGGAAAAACACAAAAGCCUUUUACUGCAAAGUGAACUUCAUUAAACAUGAAAUAAUUAAAACUAGACUAAAAUCUUAUAUUUUGAUAAGUGAAACUUUUUACAGAUACAUUUGUGUGUUGCCUAACAAUGGUAUACGUUCUAAGAAAUGGUUGUUAGGCGAUUUUGUCGUGUGAACAUCAUAGAGUACUUACACAGACGUGGGUGGUGUAGCCUACUACACAUCUGGGCUGUAUGGUACUAGUCUUAGGGGACCACCGUCGCAUGUGUGGUCUGGCAUUGACUGAAACGUUAUGUGUCUUGUGACUGUACUGAGUUUGCUUCAGAGAACUUUUUUCUGAGGAAAUAAAUCAGUUUCUGAAUUGAAGAUCAAAUCUUCGCCUAGAACUGAUGUACCAAAACUUGUGUUUUCCAUGUAAUACCAAGUUUUAUAGAAUAUAAAAAAGAAAAUAUUUACCUCUACACAAACUGACUGUGGAAUGUGAAGUUUUAAAGAUGGAGGAGUAACUUGAAUUCUUUGGACAGUACCAAUAAAUGUUUGUGACUAGU